AAAAGUAGAGCGAGAGGAGAGAGAGAGGCGCAAAAGGCCCUCUUCAUUCGACACCACCGCGAUUGUGCAUCUCCUUCGUCCAAAGCUCAUCGUUGAAUAUCAGCAUAGGAUUUGUGGUGAUGGAAUCAAAUUGAGGUUUUCAAGAUGGUGACCUGGUUUCUGAGAACGAGAUUAUGAAGACAUGGGGUUCAUGGGGAUAUGAUAAUUUGUCUCUAUUAUCUCACCAGGAAUCUCACGAGCAUCUUUUGGGCAUUUAAAAACUGAGCUUAAUCUGAGGGAAACAUAUGGUGGGGGUUUAGGUUUUAUGUCAAGAAAGAUAUGGUUAGACUGAGGAGGAAUACUUUGCAUUGUAUGGGUGAGGAAGCAUGCCCAGGCUUCGGAGUGGAGUGCGCAAAAGCCGCGCUCCCCCUGUGAAUACUCGACAAAAGCCACAAGAGUGCCCUUCACCUGCAAAAAAGAAGCUUGUGCAACGCCCAAGAAACCCUUGUUACAUUCGCACAAGAGCUGCAGCUGCUAAAGAGAACGCUGCAGAUUUAGGGACUAAGCCAAGAGGAAGAGGGGUGGGGCCAAGAACUAGGGCACCAACAAGGAAGAAGGGAAAGGCCAAAGAGGUGGGACCACCAAGUGCUGGGGUUUUGGAGUUGUUGUCAGAGCCGAGUGGUCGAGGAAAGGACGUCAUGGGUGACGACAGCGGGGCCAUUAGUGCUGAGAGAGCUGCUGCGCCUGAAGAUGAGGGCAGUACCGCCCCAUUUCCCGAGAGAGUUCAAGUUGGAGGAUCUCCAGUUUACAAGAUUGAAAGAAAGCUUGGGAAAGGUGGGUUUGGUCAGGUUUUUGUUGGACGUCGCAUUUCUGGUGGUAGUGAACGUUCAAGUGGUGCCGGGGCUAUAGAGGUUGCUUUGAAGUUUGAGCACCGAAACAGCAAAGGUUGCAAUUAUGGUCCUCCUUACGAGUGGCAAGUUUACAACACCCUCGGUGGCAGCCAUGGUGUCCCAAGAGUACACUACAAAGGGAGGCAGGGUGAUUAUUACAUAAUGGUCAUGGACAUGUUGGGUCCCAGUUUAUGGGAUGCAUGGAACACAUCCGGUCAAGCAUUGCCUGUUGAAAUGGUGGCUUGUAUUGCUGUUGAGUCUAUUUCGAUACUGGAGAAGAUGCAUUCUAAAGGCUAUGUGCACGGAGACGUAAAGCCUGAAAAUUUUUUACUUGGUCAGCCGUCCACGCCAUCUGAGAAAAAGCUGUUUCUUGUGGACCUUGGAUUAGCUACCAAAUGGAGAGACAGUACCAGUGGGCAGCAUGUUGAAUAUGAUCAACGCCCUGAUGUCUUCAGAGGAACUGUGCGAUAUGCUAGUGUUCAUGCACAUUUGGGAAGAACUGCGAGCAGAAGAGACGAUCUGGAGUCUCUUGCAUACACCCUUAUAUUUCUUCUUCGAGGGAGGUUACCAUGGCAGGGUUAUCAGGGUGACAACAAAUCUUUUCUAGUUUGUAAGAAGAAGAUGGCGACUUCUCCAGAGAUGCUGUGUUGCCUUUGCCCUUAUCCUUUCAAGCAGUUCCUUGAAAUUGUGGUGAAUCUGAAAUUUGAUGAAGAACCCAACUAUUCCAAAUUAAUAUCUCUAUUUGAUGGAGUAAUUGGUCCAAAUCCAUCUGUCAGGCCAAUUAAUACAGAUGGUGCUCAGAGGAUUAUGUGUCAAGUAGGCCAGAAAAGAGGUAGGCUAACUAUUGAUGAAGAAGAUGAUGGGCAACCAAAGAAGAAGGUCCGUUUAGGACUUCCUGCUACUCAGUGGAUUUCAGUCUACAAUGCUAGGCAUCCAAUGAAACAAAGGUAUCAUUAUAAUGUGGCUGAUGCUCGACUAGCACAACAUGUCGAUAGAGGAAUAGUGGAUGGUCUUCUAAUAAGUUGUGUGGCGUCAUGUUCAAAUCUAUGGGCACUAGUUAUGGAUGCAGGAACUGGGUUUACAAGUCAAGUUUAUGAUCUAUCGCCAUACUUUCUUAACAAGGAAUGGAUCAUGGAGCAAUGGGAAAGGAACUAUUACAUAAGUGCUAUUGGUGGUGCUAAUAAUGGGAGUUCUUUAGUAGUGAUGUCUAAAGGAACCCAGUAUACUCAACAAUCUUACAAAGUUAGUGAUACGUUCCCCUUCAAAUGGAUAAACAAGAAAUGGAGGGAAGGAUUUCAUGUGACUUCCAUGGCCACUGCUGGAAGUCGAUGGGGAGUUGUCAUGUCACGUAAUGCGGGUUUUUCGGAUCAGGUUGUUGAGCUGGAUUUUCUGUAUCCUAGUGAAGGAAUUCACAGACGUUGGGAUAGCGGGUAUAGGAUUACAGCAACAGCAGCCACUUUUGAUCAGGCUGCGCUCAUCUUGAGUGUACCCAAGCGCAAGCCAGGGGAUGAAACUCAGGAGACUCUGCGGACAUCUGCAUUCCCAAGUAGUCAUGUAAAGGAGAAAUGGUCAAAGAAUCUCUAUCUAGCUUCAAUAUGUUAUGGGCGAACUGUGUCUUAAGAAGCACCCCUUCCUGAGUGGAGAAUUAGAAUAUCGGAAUAUUGAGAAGAUCGGCUGCAUUCGUUUCUCUCUCUUAAGUGGUGCAAGGAUCAACGCACGUAAAAUCGGGGUAAUUAUUGAUACUUGUUUGGUAAUCCUAUGUAUUUUUUGUUAUCUUUGUUUUGGUUUAUUUCUUAUUUUUGUUUCUGAAUGGCCUCCUAAUUGUAUAAAAUGCUGAAAGAGAAGUGAUGGUUCGAUGGGUUAUAAAGUCCAGAAGUUUGAUCUGCCCCCGCUGGACCUCGAGAAAGAUCAUGUAUAUUUACUUGAAUGUAUAUCAGUGCCUCCAUGCUUUUGAUGCUUUUUUAGGUCUACUCUCGUAAAGUCCAUAUGCUGUAAUUUCCCUGACGAUUGUCCGAAGUGGAACUUGGAUAUAUUGAUCCAAGCCGUGUAACAGGACUCGUGUCUAUGGCUCUUGGCACAUUUUGACACGCCAAGAUAAAGUCACAGUCGUGUGAUAGAUAUGUUAUAAAUCUAGACAUUUCUUCUUGAAAA